AUGUCGUUCUCAUUUGGUUUUGCUGGCGACGACAUUGAAGACGACGACGCCGACCAACAAGAUCAAGUUUCUCUUACGGGGAAAAUCUCUUCGUGCACGAUAAACGACAAAGAUGCCCUGCAACCACAAACUCUUGCGCCCAAGAGACAUUCAUUUGAAGACUUGCUCUCAUCUCUACCAUCCCAAAUAUCAUACAACACCCUCACAGUCCCAAACUCUCCUCCGACAACGGAAUCGCCAUCCACUCAAUCUGGCACCAUCGCCAUCCACCGGCGCUCACUGUUCGACAUCCGAGCGCAACUCAUGGCCGAAGCAAACCCGGAAACGCACGACGCAGCAGAUAUUCUCCUCUCAGGCCUGGAGAACGGAGACCUGUCAUCUGGCAUCUACGAAGGCGGCUUCAAGACCUGGGAAUGCUCUCUCGAUCUGGCCUCCUCCUCCCUCGUGACGAGCCUCGACCUCAGCCAGAACUGGCAUAUAGUCGAAUUGGGCGCCGGCAGCGCCGUGCCGAGUCUAUCAUUCCUAACCGUUUUUCUCACGGGCAAUGAUGACCACCAGGGACCUCCGCCGCCGUCGCGCGGAACCCUCAAAUUCACGCUCUGCGACUAUAACGAAGACGUGCUCAGACUGUGCACUGCCCCGAAUGUUUUUCUGAACUACCGUCGCCAUCUCCAAUCUGUACAGCGUCGUUUGCGGACGCAAGAAGCAACACCAUCCUCCCGCGACCAACGUGCAGAUGCAGAGGAUGUAUGUGAAAAUGAAGGUGGAGACGGAGACGGAGACGGAGAUCUCGACAUUGAAGCUCUAGGUGAGACGUUCAUCACCACCACACUCGACGACCUCAAGUCGCUGAACGUGUCUUUCGACUUCAUCUCUGGAGGCUGGGGCGACGCCUUUCUCGACCUUAUUCCCAACUCUGGCACAGAUGCGUCGUCCGAGAACCUACUUAUCCUGGCAUCCGAGACCAUCUAUUCGCCCGCCACCAUCAAACCCUUCACGGAGACCGUGGUGAAGCUCCUGCGUCGCUAUCCCGCGGCCAACGCAAAGGCCUGGGUGGCGGCGAAAAAGGUGUACUUUGGCGUCGGGGGCGGCGUCGACGAAUUUCUGAGCGAAGCAGCCAAACACCACGUGAAGAGUACGAGGAUACUAGAAACAAAAGACACCGGCGUCGGGAGGGUGGUGUUGGAAGUCACACUGUGA